UCUGAUUGCAAAAGCUCCUAGCUACCAAUACGCAGUAAACCGUCAUAUCAAAUAUACGUCACCUCAUACUAGACUUCUCUCAGUUCUUAAUUAUCAUUAUGUCUCCUCUAAACUCGCACUAUCAGCACCUUGCCAGCUCAAACGGCAUGAACAGAAACUACCACGACCACAUUACCACGGCUUGCUUCUCUCAUAAAUCAAAACCAGUACGAACUACGACCGAUACGAGUGAGUGGCGCUGGAAAUGCUGCAACUGUGACGCUGGGGGUAAUAACUCCUUCGAAUACAAUGCUCGUUGCACUGAUUGUGGGCAUGGACGAUGCGCAGAGUGCAGUACCUGGAAGCCGAAAUAGAUACUCGAACUAGGCACAAAGCACAACCGGCAUGGCUACCAUGGAGAAGGUAUCUGUGCCGAGCUGAGGGUUUCACGCCUUUCCUUUUUUUUCCUUUUUUCCUCAGGAGGCUCCGUUUUUUUUAGAAUAUACACUUCAGGAUCACUGCCUUUCUGGUUACGAUUAGUGGAGGUUACACGGUCUUUAAAAGUUCCAAAAGUUCAGAUAUCUCUUGUCUCCUAUUUGUGGUUUCGGACGGAAUGAGAAGUAGAUGAAGGCUCACGCCAGUUUGGGUUUACAUGGGAUUUGUCUUCUUUUCGGGAAACACAAAAGCGGCACAGAUUCAGACUUUAGUUAUAGGUAUCAU